GUUCUGCUGCGGAAGAGUGGAUGCUAAGGAGAUGUCUGAACUUAGAUAGCCCUGUGUUUGUCAAUAAUAUUUUCCACCAUGGAUGCUCUUUGGAGGAAAGUGAGGAGCAGAGGACGGCUGCUUGUGUUUGCAGUAGUCUUUCUUUGGUGUGCAGGGUCUGUGAGCUGUUUUGGUCAGAACCAAGACAGCGAGUUUACGUUUCUGCUGCCAGCAGGAAGAUCCGAGUGUUUCUUUCAAACAGCAAUAAAGAACGGUACGAUGGAGGUCGAAUAUCAGGUGAUAGCAGGUGCUGGUAUGGAUGUAGACUUCACCAUAGUUUCCCCUCGAGGCGUCCGGCUCGUACUGGAGUCUCGACGCUCCGAUGGAGUGCAUGUAGUGGAGCCUACAGAGGAGGGCGACUAUGAAAUCUGCUUUGACAAUAGCUUCAGUCGCUUUUCAGAGAAGAUGGUGUUUUUUGAGAUCAUCAUUGAGGGCCAAGGAGGAGAUGUGGGAGGAGAUGAUGAGUGGGCGGGCUUAGAGGAGCCUGAUGGAAGCCUGCUUGAAUACAAGCUGGAAGACAUCAAGGAAUCCAUGGAAUCUCUUUACAAACGCUUGGAGCGCAGCCGACAGAUGCAGACCGUGUUGCGGGCUUUCGAGGCACGGGAUCGAAACCUUCUGGAAGAUAACUUAUGGAGAGUCUCGUUCUGGUCGUGUGCGAGUGUGGUGGUGAUGCUGUGUGUGGCUCUCACCCAGGUCUACACAGUCCGCAAACUGUUUGAUGAUAAGCGGAGGGUCUACACAUAGAGGGAUAAUUUUGAAGCAAUACAAACACAGGGAGGAAAACGAUACAGAAUAUUUGGUUACCCAUUCAAAUUAUUCUGUAUUAUUGCUCGUUUAGUCUACAUGAACACUAACAGGCAAAAUAAAUUCUAAUGGAUUUGUAUUUAGUUUCUGAGACCUUGUUCAACAUCAGUUUUUGAGCAAUAAGUAAUAUUACAUCAUUAAUGGUAGCCAGAUGAGCAAGAGGUUGAGGAAGUUUUGGUUGGUCAUUUCAUGUCAUUUAGUGCCUUUAAUGUCAGAUUUUACCACAAGCCAUGGAGGAAAUUAUGUUGUCCUAUAACUGCUGUCCUGUACUUCUGAAACUAUGUAAAGGUUUUGGGAAUUUUCACCGAUAGUGACAUUACCUUUGAAGGUCAAUUAUGUGACACCAUGCAACAAUGGAUCCACAGAUUGCUGAUUUACAAGGGAUAACAAUGUGCAAUAGUGUUGCUGGCCUUUUUGUCCUCAACAGAUCCUGCCGUUUAGAACCGUGAUUUCAAAUCAUCACUCCAAGUGUUUUCUUGGUCAUAGCCUUAGGGAUGUGUGUUUUUUUUUUUUUCUUUCAUUUAAGAGGUUACUGAUUUCUUCUCACGUGCCAGUAAAAGUACAUGCUGACAUUCUGACAAAUAAAAAUGCAGAACAAGAAUGAGGGAUGAUUGCCAAUGUGAUUAACAAUAGCAUACAUGCGUCAGUUCUCUUUUAGAAAUAUAUGCAAGAUGAAUGUGAAUGUUAGUUCAUGUAUGUGUCAUGAAUGUUCCUUUUGUUUUUUGGCUUCUGUCAUUUAGUUUUUUGGGCAAUCAAAUCAGCUUUUUUUCUGAUGUUUGUGUGUGAAAAGUGUAAUUUUGAUUCUACUCAGCUUUUUAUUUUUUACUAAGAUCAGAUGUGUGAUAUUCUUAAAAUUCAAGUUUUCAUGGGAGUAACUGAUCAGAAUAAAUGCA